CCAUUUUUCGGAAUUUUAUAUCAAUUCAUACCGAUUCAGAGUAAGUUUAGUUUUUUAACUUUUAUUUUAAGAGAACUAUUUAAUUUCUUUUAACUUUUUUUAGAAUUUUUAUAUGUACUUGGUUCGUAUUUCGAGAAAUUAAAUUCUUGCUCCUAUUUAACAUGGUUUGCCAAUGUACCGUUAAUUAUAACAACCGAUACUGAUAUUAUUAAACAUAUUCUUAACUCUGAUGUGUUUCUUAAUAAAUCGGGUGUUAUCUAUGAUACAAUGAAUGAUGCUAUGCCUGAUGGUAUUAUUACCAGUAAAUAUUUCAAAUGGAAACAUAAUCGUAAAUUAAUGAAUCCCUCUUUUGCUCCUCAAAUCAUACAACAGUUUGUACCGAGUUUUAAUAAAUUCUCGAAACGAAUUUCUAAGUAUUUUGAGUCUUUGAGGCCCGGUGAGGAACAUGCUAUAUUUGGUCAUAUAAAACAGGAAAUUUUGGAAAUGGCUGUGGGCAACACCAUGGGUCCGGUACUGGCAGAAAGUGAAAACUUUAAUGGAAAUUUGGCAAACAAUUUCAAUAAAUUAUUGGGAAAAAUGGUCAUUGGCACAUCAUUAUCUUUUUUAAAACUUUCAUUUCUAAUACGAACAUCCAGUUAUUAUAAAAUCAUUGACAAUUUAAAAUGCUAUAUGAAAAAUUUAAUUAAGCGUAAAAUGGGUUCAACUAUUGUCAAUGAAGAUAAAUACUUUUUAGAUCGUGCUAUAAAAUAUCAACAACAAAAAGUAUUUACUAUAAAUGAUGUGAUAACAGAGACCUAUACCAUGAUUAUAGGGUCUUUUGAAACCAUUUCUACCACCUUAUACUCCAUCAUUAUAAUGUUGGCCAUGCACCAAGAUGUUCAGCAAAAACUUUAUCAGGAAAUAAUACAAGUUAUCGACGAUACCGAGAACGUAGAUUAUAAACAUUUGGAUCAAUUGCCCUAUCUUAAUAUGGUUAUCGAUGAAACCUUACGCCUAAUGCCUCCUAUACCUUUAAUAGGACGAGAAUCAUUGGAAAAUUGCCAGUUAACCAAUGCCAUUGAACUGCCUAAAGGUUUUCAAAUAUUAAUUUCCAUCUUUCACUUACAUCGCCGCCAAGAUCUUUGGGGUACUAAGGCCACACAAUUUAAUCCUGACAAUUUCUUACCGGAAAAUAUAGAGAAACGUCAUCCAUAUGCUUAUAUACCCUUUUCAAAGGGGGUGCGUAAUUGUAUAGGCUGGCGUUAUGCUCAUAUUGCUUUAAAGGUUUUGAUGGUAAAUCUGGUGAGAGAUUUUGAAUUUUCCACCGACUUUCAAUAUGAUAAAUUGAUAUUUAUCAAUCAAGUGAGCUUACGUUUUCUCAGCGAACCGAAAAUACAAUUAGUAAAGAGAAAGGUUACCAGCAACUAGAUGAUUUAAAAUGGCUGAUGAUUGAAUUAUCUUUAGGAUAUAAUUGCUUAUAUAGAUCCGUUAAAAAGUUGGACAUGGUUAUAUUAUGAUAUUAUCUAUACCCAGGGUGCUUUGCUACCCUAGAAGCAAUAUAAAUAA